AUGCUUCGAUUCUUCGGUUCAUCUGGUCGAACAUUGAUUAGCGCGAAUCCUGCGCUAAGAAGCGUUUAUCUGCAAUCGUUUCGAGCAGCUUCGAAUCAGCCGAAAGUGGAUCAAACUGAACCAACUGAUGAGAAACUUUCAUCGAAACCGAAUCGAUUCUCCUCGCCACCAGUGAAACGAAGGGUCAAUAUAAAAAAGAUAUUUUCCGACGAGAACUCUAAUGAAGAUUCACUUCCGACGAGUCCACGUCGAGCAAAUGUUCCUUCAUCAGCGUCCUUCAAUGACCCAGCACGAUUAACCGCGAAUUUAUCGACUAAAAGUCGAUAUGAAAAUGAAAUCGCUGAUAUCGCUGAUUAUCACAGUGAAGAACAACGACGACGAACAGUUCGGCAAAAUCAGGCGCGACUCACUCAUGAAAAUGCUCAACCAAAAUCCAAUCAAAUGGCCCCGCGAAAGAAAUCGGCGAAUGCCAUUGAAAUUGAGAAAUUAUUCGACGAAACAGAAUAUAUUUCGCCAAAAAAAACUACGAGACAAGUCGCCAAACCGACCGAGAAGUUCAAUCAAAAUCAACAGCCGCGUCAACCGAGAAAAGAACGAACAUUAACCAAACAACCAAAUGAACCAUCAGCAUCAAAUCAAUCAAACCGUGAUCCAUUGCUUUUCACAAGCAUCGAACAAGCGAACACAACAGAAGAGCUUUUGAAAAUUUUCGAUAAAUACGUCGUUCCAACUGAAUUCGCUUUGGGUCUACAGAAGUUAAAUCAAUUAGCAUCUGCAGAAAGCAGUGAUUCAGUUCAGACUUACGGACAAUUAGACGAAGCUCGAACUCGGAUGGAAACACUACUACUCGGCUUCGUAAAUAAAUUUAGUGACAAUGAAAUAGCGACUGCAAUUGCAUUUGUAGCCAAAUAUUAUCCUGAAAAUAAUGAAUUUACUGAUAAAUUUUCUGUUAUGUUAACCAGUCGACUACGACGAAUCAGUGUUCAUCAAAUCGUUCGAAUAUUAGACGAAUUGAAAGCAUCUCGACAUACCGCCCAAUGGAUCCAUCGAGUUUACAAUCGUUUAUUAGCAUUAGCCGAAGGUCGCUAUUUCGAAUUCGAUAAUAUUCGAGAUAUUCUCGCGUUAACACAUAAACUAUCUUACAACGAUCGUUUAAUCAAUCGACUCGAUGAACGAAUCUUAGAAAUCACCGAUACGUUAACAUUUGAUGAUUGGUUCAAGAUUCUAAUCAACAAAUCCAUGUUAAAACGACGUGAUCGAACAAUAAUUCGUGCAGCUUGUUAUCAUUUACUCAAAUUAAGCGAUUCUUUUCUAUUUCCAAUCGAGAAAAUAAAAGAUUGUCUCUUGGCUUGUGCCAUGUUGAAUGUUUACGAUAAACCAUUUCUCGAACGACUAACUCGUGAUGCAUAUGAACAAGUUCAUCUUAUCAAUGAUACAUUCAUGCUUCAGUCGAUCAUCACUUCCAUGGGUACACUGAGAAUUCGCCAUUGCGAACUACUCGAUGCAUUUGGCAAAUCACUAUUAGAAGAUCCGGAAUCGAAAGCUCGAUGUAUCCCAUCAUUCAUCCGUACAUGUGCGUCAGUUAAUUAUGCACCAUCGACGUUAUCAACAUUAGUUGAUAAACAUUUGAAACUUGAUGAAACUUCGACCGAUGAAACUAAUCAAAUGAAUGAAAUUAAAAAUCAAAUCGAUCUAGUCUGGUCAUUGGCGAUCUUAGAUCAAGCAAAUCAAACUCAUGUCGCACAAGUACUUAAUCAAGAUAUUUUUCAAUUAAUACAAAAUGAAGUGAUGAAUUCCAAAAUCGCCAGUGCACUGAAAUUACUCUCGAUUUACUCGUACAGUUUACAAAAGUUUUCGAAGAAAUUUCUCAAACCAACAUUUAAUAUCGAACAAUUGGCACAACAGUUAACAUUGAAGAAUUCCAAUGCUCAAGAUCAAUUAGCUAAAGCUGUUACGAUCGUCGCUCCCGAGAACAAAUAUUCGAAAUUUAGUGUUGUAACAUCGAAUAUGAUUGUCAUCGAUUGUUUGAUGGUUGUGGACAAGUCAGGUACACCUCAAGAUUUAAGUACAGUUUUAACCAACGGAGAAAAUAAUAGCACAACUGGACAAACGACAUAUAAUAAAGUGCGAAUUGAUGAUAGUCGUUUCAAGGUGGCAUUAAAAUGUCUUGAUUAUCAAGAUAAAACAUUGAUUACAAAUUCUGUAUCAGGUCCCAUUGCGUUGCAAUUACGAUUAUUGAACUCACUUGGUUAUAAGUGUGUUCCGAUUCACUAUGAUGAAUUUAUGAAAAUUCAAGUACCAACUGAUCGAGUGAAAUAUGUUCAACGUAAAAUCAAAGAGGCAGUUGGUGCGUCUUCUGCAACGGAUCGACAAGUGAAUACUCCAUCACGGGAAAGAAAUGCUGAUGAUUGA